AUGGCGGCGAUGGCGGCCUUGCGGGCGCUCCGGUGGCGGCUGCUGCGGACCCCGGGCUCCGGCCCGGCCCGGAGCCUCAGCACCGCCGAAUUCCCCUCGCCGGAGGAGAAGCCGCAGUUCCCCGGCGCCUCGGCCGACUUCGCCGACCGGUUGGAGUUCAUCCAGCCCAACGUCAUCUCGGGCAUCCCCGUCUACCGGGUGAUGGACCGGCAGGGCCACAUCGUCAGCCCCGCCGAGGACCCCCAGCUGCCCAAGGAGGUGGUGCUGAAGCUCUACAAGACCAUGACGCUCCUCAACACCAUGGACCGCAUCCUCUACGAGUCCCAGCGCCAGGGCCGUAUCUCCUUCUACAUGACCAACUACGGGGAGGAGGGCACGCACGUCGGCAGCGCGGCUGCGCUGGACGACACCGACCUGGUCUUCGGGCAGUACCGGGAGGCGGGCGUGCUGAUGUACCGGGGCUACCCCUUGGACCUCUUCAUGGCGCAGUGUUACGGCAACACCAGCGAUCCCGGCAAAGGCCGGCAGAUGCCCGUCCACUACGGUUGCCGCGAACGCCAUUUCGUCACCAUCUCGUCCCCGCUGGCCACCCAGAUCCCGCAAGCCGUGGGGGCCGCCUAUGCCAUCAAACGUGCCGACGCCAACCGGGCGGUGAUCUGUUAUUUCGGGGAGGGGGCGGCCAGCGAGGGGGACGCCCACGCCGGCUUCAACUUCGCCGCCACCCUCGAGUGUCCCAUCAUCUUCUUCUGCCGUAACAACGGCUACGCCAUCUCCACUCCCACCUCCGAGCAAUACCGGGGCGACGGCAUCGCGGCGCGCGGUCCCGGUUACGGGCUGAUGUCCAUCCGGGUGGACGGCAACGACGUCUUCGCCGUUUAUAACGCCACCAAAGAAGCCCGGCGCCGCGCCGUGGCGGAGAACCAACCCUUCCUCAUCGAAGCCAUGACCUACCGAAUUGGCCAUCACAGCACCAGCGACGACAGCUCGGCGUACCGGUCGGUGGACGAGGUAAAUUAUUGGGAUAAACAGGAUCAUCCGAUCUCCCGGCUGCGGCACUAUAUGCUGAGCCGGGGCUGGUGGGACGAGGAAGAGGAGAAGGGCUGGCGCAAGAGCUCCCGCAAGAUGGUGAUGGAGGCGUUCGAGCAGGCGGAACGGAAGCCGAAGCCCAACCCGCAGCUCCUCUUCUCCGACGUUUACCGGGAGAUGCCGCCUCACCUGCGACGGCAGCGGGCGGCUCUGGAACGGCACCUCCAGCACUAUGGGGAGCACUAUCCCCUCGAGCACUUCGAAAAGUGACACCCCACCAUCACCCACCCCCCCAAAAAAAACAAAUAAAGCCGGGUGC